CUGACUGCGGAGAUGAAGGUGGAUGUGUGGCCUGGUGGAACUGCAGCAGGAACGCAGAUUUGGUCUCAUUCUAAGUGGAAGGCAGCCUCGGAUCCCAAGUACCACUUCCGGAACCAUUUGGAACUGGAGCUGCUGAAACAAACUUUAUGUCUUCGGUGCCUUGAAGUUAAUAUUUCCAGAUACAUUUCAGAAAUUAAGCCUUUGCCUCCCAACAUCAAAGAUAGACUCAUUAAAAUAAUGAGCAUGCGGGGCCAAAUAACAGACUCAAAUAUAAGUGAGAUUUUACAUUCUGAAGUCCAAAGACUCUAUCUACAGAGCUGUGACAUCUCAGAUACUGCUCUGCAGCACCUGUGUAAUUGCCGAAAACUGAAGGUAUUAAAGUUAAGAUCCUCAAGAGAAAACAGAGAUUGCAUAACUUCAGAAGGAAUAAAAGCGGUGGCUUCGUUCUGUUCGGAGCUGUGCGAGCUCUCUUUGAAGGGCUGUGGCUGUGUCACUGACGAAGGAGUCCUUGCUCUUGCACUCAACUGCCGACUGCUAAGGAUCGUUGACUUAGGUGGCUGCUCAAGUAUUACUGAUUUGUCCUUACAAGCACUAGGAAAAAACUGCCCAUUUUUGCAAUGUGUUGACUUUUCGGCAACUCAGGUAUCUGACAGUGGUGUGUUUGCACUUCUUAGCGGACCAUGUGCCAAAAAAAUAGAGGAGAUUCAUAUGGGAUAUUGUGUAAAUCUCACUGAUAAGGCUGUAAAAGCUGUCCUGACUUCCUGUCCUCAAAUAUGUAUAUUUCUCUUCCAUGGAUGCCCCCUGAUAACAGAUCAUUCACGAGAAGUCUUGGCACAAUUAGAAGGAUCAAGAAAACUGAAGCAAGUGACAUGGUCUGUUUAUUGAUGGUCAAACAACUUUUCCAAGAAAUGAUGUAUAAAUAUUUGCAUUUCAUUAAUUUAUUAUUACUUAAACCAUAACUCUUAAAAUCAUCUCAACCUUAGUAUAUACAUGUUUAUACUUUGAAGUUGGUCAGAUUCAACAUGUUAAUACUGCUGUUGUAUAUUUGUUUGAUGAGCCAUUGUUUCCCCGCCCCCCAUGGAAAACCCCUCUUGUUUAUUUGAUUAAACAAAAAUUAAAAUAAGCUGCAUAGGAA